CCGUUGUGGGAUCAUUGAGCGAAACAAGUCUCAAAGAAAUGUCAACACUGAACAUUACAUGUCCAGUUAUACCAGGAAACCCUGCAGCCACUGAAAUCUUUUGGACCAGGAAAAGUGAUCAUGAACGUUGGAAUAACAGUCAAUUGAUUAUACUAAACGUAUCAAAAACAGACGAUGCCGAGUACACUUGCACUGUUUUUAACGAGAUGAUUCCUACUGUCGGUGAAACUACUAAAACAGCAAAAACCAGCAAAUUUCAUCUAAACGUUUUCUUUCCUGCAUUUAUCAAAUUAUUCUCUGAAUCUGGGAAAUACUCCAGGGAGGAUAUUGUGGUAAACGAAACGCAAGAGGUGACAUUUAGUUGUGCUGCGGAAGCUAACCCGGCCUCAGAUAUAACCAUAAGAAGUCCACAAAAUAAAACGAUCGCAAUGGUUUACAAAACAAAUACCCUACAUAGUAAAAUAACAAAUUUGUCCUGCAUAAGUGCUGGAGAAUAUAUAUGCACUUGCAGCAACAACUACACGAAUGGCCAUCCUUCAAUCUCAAAAUUGACGCUUAUUGUGAGAUGUAAGUAGUGUGCCAGUAAUAAUAAUAAUAAUAAGUAUAACAAAGUACUUCUUACGAUCAAAAAUGAAAUUUAAGAGACUGUCGCCUUCUAGAGUUUUCAUGUGAAUGCAUUCAAAAUAAACAAACAGAAAUAAAACAAGUAAACUACGAGAAUGAAAGAAAGAUAUUAAUAUCUAUCUAUAGAAAACGACACGACACGAUAAUUAGCAUUAUCCAUUUUCCAUAUUAUAGAUAUGAAGAUACUAUGUUCUAACGUUUUUCGUACAUAUUUGUACGCCUCAUUACAUAGUGGGAAAGAAAACGUUGCAUUCUUUCUUAUGAAGUCCGCUCAAAUUUUAUAACUAAAAUUGUUACAACACCCAAACCUUAUUGCGAGUUGAA